AUGGCGUUCCUCUCCACCCUCCUCACCUGCUGCCUGCCUACCAAGUCCAUCAAAGAGGCCAAGGAAACACCCCACUACCCCAGUGCGCCAGUUUCACACAGCAACACCGACGCCAAUCAAGUCCAAGCUCCUGAAGAUAACCAUGUUCCUGAACAAGAUGGCUACACAUCAACCCCGCUCCCGGCUUACACUCCGUGCUCCGGCUCGGGAAUAGCCGUGCAGGAAAAGACCCUCACGGCUCACUUGCGCGACCCACCCAUCUCCAACGAGUCAUACCAUCACCACCUCCAAAACUACCACCAAACCACAGAGACAACGGAUGAGAAACAACGCCUGGCAUGGGAGGAAGCAGCAGCCGCCGGUCCUUACAACAACGCCAAUUACCCCUACUACCCCUACCCGACACACCCUCGCCCCGAAGAAGCCUCGUCAGACGUCUCCUCCGCAAUCUCCUUCCCGAGCAGCUACGGUAACACAUCGACCGCGACACGCGAAACGCCUCCGCCGCCCUACUCGCCUCGUGCGUUUUCGCCUGCGCCCUCGAGACGUUCCAUGUCCAUUUCCUCCGCUUUCCGUCGCCAACACCAGCAGGCCCAGAUGCAGCUGCCCAUGGCGGCGAUCACGCAGCCACCCGCCGUGUUCCAGCCUGGAAGACCGCCGAGAUGGAGCGCUAACCUUGAUGAUCCCGCUUGUCUCGGUCUACUCCCUAUCAUUCAGGACAAUGAGCGGGGCUCGUCUGCGACCCUGAUGCCCUCGACUCCUCCUGCUAGGCCUGCUAGGUACUCGUGGGAGAGUGAUCCGCGUUAG